AUUUAGAUAGCUUGCUUGCUAACUCAUGCAGGAACGUCUCGGCGUCGAGUGGGAAACGUCAAAUUGUCUGAGCGGUGCCGGUUAGCGUGAUAUCGGUAUACGAUUAUGAUAUAACGUUAUUGGCCACAAACCUGCAUCAAUAUUGGAGUGAGCAGUAAUGAAGCAGGAGGACUGAAGGAGGAAGUGGGGGUCCCAGUGGAUUAUUGGAAGACAGUUGGCAGGCGGAGGACAGGAUGAUGGAGGCGGAAGGAGAUGAGGAGUUUGAGAUGGGGGGUAGAGACCUGAGGGCGGAGGUGGUGAGACUGAAUUUGGAGCUCCAGGAGGCCAACGAGGAGAAACUGCAGGCCGCCCGGUAUGGCCUGGUAGUACUUGAGGAGAGCGCUGAGCUCAAGAAGAAACACACUCAACUGGAGGAGGAGCAUGAGAUUCUCAGACAGGAGCUGCAGCAGCUCAGAGGGGCUCUGUCAGAUUCUGUGACCCACCAGAAGCGUGUAGCGGCAGAUGGGGAGACCCGUGAAGAGUGUCUGCUACAGGAGACUGCCAGCAAGGAGGCUGCCAUGGCAACCAGCAUGGCUGAGCUGCAGGCGGAGUUACGACUGGCCCGCCUCGCACUAGCCAACGCCCACGCUGAGAUCGAUCGACUGGCCCACCUCUCUUCCCAGCUGAAGAAGGAGUACGAGGGUCUGGAGGUGGAGAAGGGUCACAUGAGGGAUGAGAUGAAGGAAUACAAGGUGCGGGAGUUACGGCAGCUCCAGGACAACAGUGAACUGGAGGAGGAGAACACCUGUCUCCAGAAACAGGUGUCUGUACUCAAGGAGAACCAGGUGGAGUUUGAGGCAGUGAAGUUGGAGCUCACUCAGAAGGAGGAGCAGGACGAGGUUCUCCGGGCUCAGCUUGAGGAAGCUGCCCGGCUGAGGGAGAUCGCUGAGCGUCAGCUGGAGGAAGCGCUGGAGGCCCUGAAGGAGGAGCGGGAGCAGAAGAACAGCCUGAGGAGGGAGCUCUCCGCCUUGUCCAUAAACCCCUUUGACUCGGUGGGCAACCUGGAGCUGCACCUGGAGCAGCUGGAUGACAGCGUGGACAGCGGAGGGGGCCGGAGGAGCUCCGAGGACCAGGAGCAUGACCAGGACAGUGGUUACAACAACGGUCCGGGGUCUGGUUGUGCUCCUAGUAACCCCAAGGUCAACGGACGCGUCCAGCGCUUCUCCACCCCCAGGAACAGUGACGUGUUCCUGAGGCCUGCUCCUGGCCUGGUGUCUGACCUGCUCAGUGAGCUGCACCUCUCAGAAGCUCAGAAGCUGAAACAGCAGCUGAUGCAGGCUGAGAGGGAUAAGACCGGUCUGGCCAACACAGUCCAGGACCUCCAGAGGCAGUUGGAGCUGUCCCAGCAGGCCUUCAGUGAGCAGGAGGACAAGGUGGGCUCCCUGACCCAGCAGCUGGAGGCCGUGCAGCUGCAGAAACACACGUUGCCCCCGGGGAAGUCCGCCGGGGACCGGGGAGACGGCAGCAGGGUCUCGGAAAACGGGCCUGCCGACUACGACUACGAGCUGGACGUGAAGAGCACCGAGGUGCUGGAGGCUCGGAUGAAGGCGGCCGGCGACGAGCUGUUGAAGCUGCGUGAGGAGCUGUCCCAAGCGGAGAAACGCUACAACGCCCUGGAGCACCGCUGUCGGCAGGAGAAGGAGCGGUGGAGGGGCGAGGCCCAUGAGCUGGCCGAGAAGAUCCGCCAGUGUAUCAAGUCCAGCCGGCAAGACCAGGAGCGCAUCAGCGAGCUGGAGAAGGAGAUCGGCGCGACGAGGAAAGUGGCCACUGACUCGGAGGGGCAUCUGAGUGUGGCGCAGGAGGAGCUCCUGGCCUUCUCUGAGGAGCUGGCCAACCUCUACCACCAUAUCUGUGUGUGUAACAACCUCACGCCCAAACGCGUCACUCUGGAUUACUACCGCGACGGGGCCCGAGGUCAGUCCGGGGGGAGUGGAGGGAAGUCCAACCACCUGCACCCCCACCCCCACCACGGCCGGAACAAGCGGCGCUCCAACGAGCUGUUGGCCAAAGCGGUGCACGGUGCAGACGGUGACAGUAGGCCUGGUACUCCCCGGGACUCCCGUGACAACUCUCCCUCGCCACGCUGCUCCUCCCCCGUCCCGGCUUGCCCCGGCUCCCCCACCCUGGACUUCAGGGACCCCUCCAACGUCCGGAACCUGGUGGCUGUCAUCCGCUGCCAGAUCAAACACCUCCAGGUGGCGGUGGACCUGUGUCGUCAGCGCGGCACGCUGCCCUACUCCGGAGGGAUCAGCUGUGGUGGGGAGAUGGACAGCGAGGCCCUCAUGGAGGAGGUCCUGAAGCUCAAGUCUCUCCUCAGCACCAAGAGGGAACAGAUCGCCACGCUCAGGACGGUUCUUAAAGCCAACAAACAGACGGCAGAGUUGGCUCUGUCCAACCUGAAGACCAAAUACGAGACCGAAAAGAGCAUGGUGUCUGAGACCAUGGUGAAGCUCCGGAACGAGCUGAAGGCCUUGAAGGAGGAUGCUGCCACCUUCUCCUCCCUCCGGGUCAUGUUCGCCAGCAGGUGUGACCAGUAUGUCACCCAGCUGGAAGAGAUGCAGAGGCAGCUGGCAGCGGCCGAGGACGAGAAGAAGACCCUGAACUCCCUGCUCCGCAUGGCCAUCCAGCAGAAGCUGGCCCUGACCCAGCGCCUGGAGGACCUGGAAACUCCUCAGUUGCCCCUAAGUCUGAGCAACAGCCCCCGCCGCACCAGGGCUAAGGAGCUGGGCACCAAGACGGGUCGAGCCCCCCGGAGCCCCCGGCGAGGUAGCCCCGUGCGUGGCAGGAACAGCCCCCGAUCUAGCCCGGUGCUCACCAACAGCGUGCCCGCCACUGCCACCCACCACCUCCGAGCCCUCACCCGCAGCCUCCACACCAGCCCUCGUUGAAACCAGUCCACUGUGAUCACUCCAACCCCUGCCCCUUUGUCCGUCUGGGCUGUGUUCUCCAUGUGACGUCCUGAAACCAACGCCUUCCCUUCCCCCUGAAGUCGUCAUUCCUCCCAAGACAUCCUCUUGAUCCCAGACCUCCUGACUUGGCUACUCGUCAGACCCAGUGGACUAGCUGCCCUUUAUAUACCUCUUGACAGCUACCCUGUCUGGACCCAAGAUGCCUAUCUGCAUGUAACCAGGAAAGGAGCGUUAAAGAAGUGAACAAGCGCUGAUUUAAUUUGUAUUACCUAUAUAAAGUACAAGACUGUUUUCCUGACCAGUAUUAUUUUGCCUUUUGAGCGUUCAAAUUGAUGAACUUCAAUUUGUUUGACUGAAACCCCAGUCCUGCUGUGUUCUGCUGUUAUGUAUAUUUAUGCAAGAGUAUAUAUUCCACUGACACUGCUGAACAUCUGACACUAGUGAACCUUUUUGUUGUUUUUAGUCUGACAGUAUGACAAAACGGCUUCUCCUAGCGUCAGACUGCACCCCCUCUUAGACAACUGCUGCUUAGCCCAAAAUGGCAUCCUAUUUCCUCUGUAGUGCACUACUUUCCAACGUGGCUUUGAGGGCUUUGGUCCAAUAUAGUGCAUUAGUUAGGGAAUGUGCUGCCAUUUUGGCUGUGCACCAUGUCAACUCAAGGUUUCAUGGGCAUAUUAACACACAACAGCCUUACUAACAUUGAAAUACUAGAAGCACACUGAAGAGCUCUCUCUCGUUCGUUCGUUGAGGUUUGCUCAUUCCUUUAGUUUUAGCUCUGUUUCCUACCGGCGGUCACUGUUAAAUCAUUUUUGCUUUACCUUGUGACGCACUGACUGUUGGGCUUUGGCCUACCAACCACACCCUUCAGUCCGAUCAAUAUCACUGACGGAAAUGACACAGCCAUAGUCUCACCAGCUCAGGUUAAUAUCACAGUUCAAUUGAAAAAGAUUGGCCAGCAUGCUUAAUUCCAAGCCAUGCAGUUCACCUGGACUGAAGCGCAUGCUAACUGCUAUUCUCCAGGGUCUGUGUGGGGUGAUGGUUCCAUAUGAAUUGAAUUACUACAACUGGCACAAUAUUAACUCUCAUCCUGUGGGUCUAUUUUCUUCACCUGGUCUCCUGACAGCAGAGUUGCAGUUGUCUUCUACUACAGGAUUUCUACAGGACUACACUGCCAGCCUGCUACAAUCCAAGAUUCAUGGCAGGUCAGGAUCCACAAUUGUGGGGUUGAAUGAAAACAGGCCCAUAUGGUCCAGUUAGGUUUCUGCGCUUAGUGAAGGCAUACACAUCAUGCCAUUUGGUGGUUCCAAGUUGAAAAUAGUGCCUUGGUUUUUCACCUCUGGUCAGUUUAUUUUAGAUUGAAUCAUCUUUUUGAAGAUAUACAAUAUGUUGAGGUAUGUGUAGUGGGUAUUUUUUAAAAGAUGAUUGUGGAGCUUUGUUUUUUCAGGAAACUAAUAACAGUUAUUUGGUACUUGUUGAGGUUGUACGUUUUUCUGCCCUUUCGAUUUCCCCCUCAAUUGCUCUCAUGUGUUUGUACAGAUUUGUGUAUGUAAAUGUAACUGAUCGUCGUACAACAUUGUGUGGACAAAAUGAAGCUGUAUAUUGAGUUUUGUGGAAUAGGACCAUUGUGGUCCUCAUCAAUUUUUGUCUAUGUAAAGUAAGUUAAUUUUAUUGACCUGUGAACCUUGUGAUCAGAAUAAAGUAACACCACUGUCUGUGUGUUUGAACAUAA